CUAAACUAUUUUAAGUUGUAUUUGUUUGCUUUAAAAGAAAUAUAGUCGAUCAAUUACUGAAAAUGACACUAGUUCAGGUGUUUGAGACAAUUUGGGAGACCUUCCAGUCAAAAGACUCAGCUUUGCAGCCUAUGUGGGACUAUGUGCGACUCAACCACUCUGAAACUCUUCGGUCUCCUCUCUUUCCUGUGAUUCUGACCGUAGCGUCGUAUUUUGUUCUUUGCCUACCCUACCUAGUCUGCGACAUCAAUGGAAAGAAGUGGCCAGCUAUUAACCGGUACAAGAUCCAGCCCGGCAAGAUGCCCACAACUGCAAUGCUCCUUCACUGCAGUGGAGUUACUCUUUAUAAUCACGUACUUCUGGUGUUUCCUGCAGCAGUAGCGCAGUGGAUGUGGAGACCUCCUGUCCCCCUUCCUGAACGAGCACCUACAUUGCUUGAACUUGCAGGUGGGGUGACUGGAAACCUUCUUCUUUUUGACUUUCAGUAUUUUAUCUGGCACUUUUUGCAUCAUAAGAUCCGCUGGCUGUAUGUGACUUUCCAUGCUAUCCACCAUAAUUACUCCGCCCCAUUUGCUCUGGCCACACAGUGCCUUGGUGGAUGGGAGUUGGUGACGGUGGGCUUCUGGACCACGCUCAACCCCAUUCUGCUGAGGUGUCAUCUGCUCACCACCUGGAUGUUCAUGGUGGUCCACGUCUAUGUAUCGGUGGAAGACCACUGCGGAUAUGAUUUCCCUUGGUCCAUGUCUCGUCUGAUCCCAUUUGGUGUUUAUGGAGGUCCGAGCAAGCAUGAUGUGCACCAUCAGAAACCUAAUACUAACUUUGCACCUCAUUUUAGUCACUGGGAUAAACUGUUCGGCACUCAUGCUGAUUUUAGUUUUGCUAAAACUCAGUGAUGAGCAUGCAUGUGUGAAAAUAUUACAUUUGCAUGUUUGGUUG